GUUCUUCUACUUGCUCUUAGUUCUUUCAAACUUGGGCAGUGAUUCUUUGAAGUCUACAAUGAACGAUUGGGCUCCUCCGCUCAUAGCUGCAGCACUAUUUUGGCUCUUGUCCCCAGGAAUGAUCUUUCAGUUGCCGGGGAAGAAUGCACCCUUUGAGUUCAUGAACAUGAAGACCACUGUUGCAUCCAUGUUUGUGCACACUGUAAUUUAUGGUUUGCUGCUCAUGUUGUUCUUCGUUGUUCUUACCGUUCAUCUAUAUAUUUAAGCAGCAGCAACCGUUAUUGGAAGUAAACUUAUGUGCUGCUUUCUCUUUCUAACUAGAUUGUACACUCUGUUAGUUGCAAUAGUGUUGUGUAAUUAUCCAAUAAAGUAGUUAUUUAUGUCCGUAGAGCAUCUCACAUGAUGUUCUUAUAGCAACUAUGCUGAAAAUGGAAUAGAUGCAACUGGAAGUGAUUGCUAUGUUACUUUCAUAUGCUUUUCCUAACA